UUCAACUGGCAUUUUAGUGUGGUGGAGAGAGAAGAGAGGUGGAGCACUCUGUUCACGUAACUGAUAACCCCUCUGCUUCAUUUCGCCCACUUGAAAAACCCAGAAAGUAAUAAAUACUACGGAGUACUAUAAAAACUUUUACAUUGUUCACUUUAUAACCCAAACUUUCACUUUACCCAUAAAUCAAAAUUUAAAUUUCAGGAAGAAAAUCAAAAUCAAAAUCAAAACCAAAACCAAAAUCAAAGUGGGUCUGAAUCAAGAACAAAAAGCGAAAUUAACCCAGGAAUUUAUGUGGGUAUUUUUUCAGAAAUUUGUCGAUAUUAUUUAAUCCCCCAUUGGAGAUAAAAAAAAGAAAGUUGAAAAGAGAUUGCUUUUUUAAGGAUUGAUAAAUUAAUUGGAAAAGACUGUGCAUGUGAAAAGGGAGGAGAAUAUACAAAGUAACUUGAUUUGAUAAGAAGAGGAAGAAACAUAAUGCCUCUUACUUUGUUAUGGGUAGUGUCCCCAAGCACAGAGGUGUGUAGUGGUUUUGGGGUCACUGAAUCAUUGGUUAGCCGGUCGACUUCGAAUGGGAGGUCUAAGAGGAUGUCUAAGAAACAAGAGAGUUGGAAUUCUUGGACAUUUAACGUUGCAAGACAUCAAAAGAGGACUGGAUUCCCCGUGCUUUCGAGUAUGGUUGCUAAUCCGACAGGAGAGAUGGCGGUUUUGUCAUCUGAGCAAAGGGUGUAUGAUGUGGUAUUGAAGCAGGCGGCUUUGGUAAAUAGGGAGUUGAGCUCGCGUGAUGAUCUUGAUCUUGAUGUGAAGCCAGAUAUUGCUGUUCCUGGGACUCUUAGCUUGCUUACUGAGGCUUAUGAUCGGUGUAGUGAAGUUUGUGCUGAGUAUGCCAAGACGUUUUACUUGGGAACUCAGCUUAUGACCCCUGCGAAGCGAAAAGCCAUUUGGGCUAUAUAUGUGUGGUGUAGGAGGACUGAUGAGCUUGUUGAUGGGCCAAAUGCUUCACAUAUAACACCUACUGCUUUGGACAGGUGGGAGGCAAGGUUGGAAGACCUUUUCAGAGGCCGCCCCUUUGAUAUGCUCGAUGCUGCCUUAUCUAACACUGUUACUAAGUUUCCUAUUGAUAUCCAGCCAUUCAAAGAUAUGAUUGAAGGAAUGCGAACGGAUCUUAGAAAGUCUAGAUACAAGAACUUCGACGAGUUGUACCUAUAUUGUUACUAUGUUGCUGGUACUGUUGGAUUAAUGAGUGUUCCUGUUAUGGGUAUAGCACCCGAAUCAAAGGCGUCAACAGAAAGUGUCUACAAUGCUGCAUUAGCUUUAGGGAUUGCGAAUCAGCUCACUAAUAUACUUAGAGAUGUUGGAGAAGAUGCACGGAGAGGCCGAGUUUAUUUGCCACAAGAUGAAUUGGCACAGGCAGGUCUUUCAGAUGAAGAUAUAUUUGCAGGAAGAGUUACAGAAAAAUGGAGGACUUUCAUGAAGAAACAGAUCAAGAGAGCCAGGAUGUUCUUUGAUCAAGCAGAGAACGGAGUUUCAGAACUUAGUUCAGCUAGCAGAUGGCCGGUGUGGGCAUCAUUGCUUCUGUAUCGUCAGAUACUGGACGAAAUCGAAGCUAAUGAUUACAACAGCUUCACAAAGAGAGCUUAUGUUAGCAAAAGCAAGAAGCUGCUAGCCUUACCAAUUGCUUAUGCAAGGUCCAUUGUUCCACCUCGAUCAACUACGAACCUUGUAAAGGUGUAGAGUUGAAGCAAACAAGUGGAGCAUUAACCAGAGUAGCACUAGUGGGAUUACAAUGUAAAGCUUAAGAUGUGUAUAUAUACUGAAAAUACCUAUAUUCCUAAUGCUAUCUAUAAUUCUUUAGAAGCGGUACUAGCAAACUUGACACAUUUUUGUUCGAAACCAUUGUCAAGUUUGUACUCAAAAUCUUGUGGUAGAAUAGAAAGGACAUCGACAACAGUUUUGUGGGUUGCUCUAUAAAUUUGUAACAAAGAAUCCGAUGGAUGAACCCGUGUCGUAGGCAUUAUGAAAUCAAAUCAAAAGAUGAGAAAAGAAAGUUCACUUCA